UGCAGUGUUGAAACGAAGUUUUUAGAAUAUGAGAAGACUUUAGAUUUUUUGAGGAGAACAGUUUUCCAAGGAAGGUGUGGAAAUCUUUGUAUUCUUCUUAAUACUGAUUCUUACAUUUAAAACAUAUAGAUACAAUGUUUGACCAUUUUGUGCAAAAUUCACCUCCGCCACCUCCACCGCCACCGAAAAAGACAUUAAAAUUCGAUAAAGGAUACAUAAAAACGUGGCCUGGAAUUUUAAAAAUUGUCCAAGUGGUGUGCAACAUGGUUGGCUUCAUCUGCAUAAAAAUUUCAUGGUCAUGGCUAUCAGCUAUAUUUUAUAACAUAGUUUAUUGGGUCGGAAACAUCAUCACAAUAUUCCUGUUUCUCAUGUACAUGUUUCACUUUGUUGAGAAGUACGAGAACUUGCCCUGGCUGAAGGGAGAGUUCUUCUUUUGUCUCUUCAUGUGUCUGGCGUAUAUUGUAACUUCUAUUUUUGCCACAACAAUUGGUGAAAGUGUAGGAUAUGCGGUUGGGUUCUUUGGUUUGUGCGCAAUCGCCGCAUAUGGUGUGGAUGCAUUCAUGAAAUAUAAGGCGUGGAAGCGAGGGUUGCCAGCUCAGUAGUAAUAAAAUUGGAAGUAUGUUUUUAAAAUUCACCAAAAUAUUUUGACAAAAUGUAUGUGUAAGUAUAACUUUUAUUAAAGCGAUUUAAUCGUUUUGUUAUUAUCUAGGUAGGUAAAAGAAAAAAACAAGAAAUAUGUAUUUUGUAUACUUUUAUAAAAUUUUAUAUUUCAAUUACAUACCACAGAUAAACAAAAUGCACAGUUCAGCACAAAUCUCUCAUUUAUGUUAACAGCAUUUAUGUUUUUACUAUUUUAUUAUAUUGAAUUAAUUUUCAAAAAGCCGGUACUUAUUACAAUUAUUAGUCAUUAUGAAACUUUAAAUACAUUAAGGUAUUAUUAUUUACUUAAAUUUAAUUUAAUUUUAUAUUCUCAUAGCCACUUUUGUUAUGCAUAAGCCGUAAUAUUUCUUGACUGUUCUUUUAAAUUGCAAAUUAAUGUCAGUAUUUUUUAUUUUAAAUAUUGUAUUGAUAGAUAGGUCUUAGCUUUUGAAUGGUAGGUAUGCCUAGAGUUGUAGGAUGUUGCUACAGUACCUUUCUUUAUAUCAAUAAAUUAAAUAAAGCAGCAAUUCAUAGAAAUUGGCCUUCGAGACACUGUGCACAGUUAGUUCUAAGAUCAGAGUUUGUAUUAUUUUGGUUAUACCUUUUUCUUUUUUGAAAUAAAUAUAUUUAAUUUGAUAUUUAAUAUACAAAUCCUUUUAAAAUAAAAAAUUUUAAUAAAUAAAUUCAUGACACUUUGUAACAUUUCAUGUGACUACUUAAGGUUGUUAUCUAAAAUAACUGAAGAAAUUUUUUAGAUAAAAUCUCUUUUUAUGAAGUAGAUGAUAAGGAUUGCUCAUUGUUACACUGUGGAUUUUAAUUGCUUUAUUAUUUAAAUAUUUUAUUGUGUGUAAUCUGUAGGUAUUUGUAUGUUUAUUAUUUUUUUCUGAAUAAGUAAUCUUUUUUUAAUAAUGCAGUUUUGUGUUGUGCAUAGGAUAAAAAAACUGAUGUGUCAUAAAAAGUACAUUACACUUUUUAUGUGAAAUUUAGUUUUGGUGUCUUCAUAAAUUACAUUUCAUCUUUAAUGUUUUUAUACUGUUUGUUUUGUAAUCAAGCAUUUGCGUUAAUUUCACUCAACCUGACUUUUUUGUGUAUAUUUUCAAUCUAAGAAUAUAUUAGAAUAUGUAUUAUUCUUAUUAAAAACUAACAUUUAAAAUAAAAAUUUUCCAUGAGUCAAUAUAUUUCUGUUACCGUCAUACAUAUUUUUAUAGAAGUAUUUAGAUAUAUAAGCAUUAUUUUAAGUGUAUGGACCAUAGUAUGUGCCUUAUGUAAAAUAUGUUGUAUAAUUAAACGGCAAUUAAAAGAUGCAUAUUGCCAUAGUGUUCUUGUGAAGUUAUCAAUAACAAAUCGAUUUUUACAGAAUUUUUGACAAUUUUCAUAGACAAAAAUUAUGCUAUUUUUCAAUGGUUUGUUUUUUUCUUGAGCAUACUAAAAAUAUAGUAUCAAGUAUACCUUCACUAUAUCGAGAAUUUUUUUAAAACAAAACCGAUUGACUGUUAAUUAGGUAGUAAGAGAGUCAGAAACACUAUAACUGCAGAUGUAAACGCUAAAUCCUAGGAUGACCAAUAAAAAUGAUAUAAACUAUAAUUAUACUAUAAUAUUACUAAAAAUCUACUUGAAAAGUGAUCGAAAUGAUUGCUUUUAUACAACUAUGAAAGAAAAUGUAAGUUUUGGCGGGAAAAAAAUACAAACAACGCUCCGCUUAUGAGGCGUGCAAUAGGUUAAUGCAUUUUGUACCUGUUUUAUUUAAAUUUGUUGUACAUAGUGUAAUCGUUUUAAAAAUCCGUUUCACAGAGUAUGCAGAUUUACGAUUUUAGCUGCUUUUUGUUAAUUAUUUCCCUAUGCAAUUGUUUUCACUACACACCUGAAUGUUUAUUUAGUAGAAUGACAAAUUUUCUUUUCUUUAUAUUCACUUUUAUCAAUGAAUCGACAUUGUGAAAAACAAAUAGAUCUUUAAUCCUCCAAGUUUUUAAGAAUAUAUCUUGUGAAUUUUUAUGAUAGCUCAAAGCGUUUCAAUGACUUUAUCUUUCUUGUUUUUGUAUAAUAAUAUGUUAUUUUAUCGUAGUUUUACUUAAAAUCAUGUAUUAGUUUAUAAGUGCCUUAAAUUGGUAGAAAUGUAUUUGCCAUAUAGAAAACAAUGUUUAGUUAUUGGACAAUUUUCUAUCAGAACCAUAACAACCAAAUAUACAAUAGUUAUAUUUUGUAUAAUCAAUGUACAUUAUUAAUUUUGUACUUAACAUGUAUUUGUACGUUUUGAUAAUAUUGUUAAAGUUAUUAAAUCGAUUUACAUGAACAUUUUU